CCAGCAACAGAAGCUCCUGUGACAAUGAGGACGAAACAGAAGCGACGAGUGUGCAUCCUCCUUCCCAACAAGCAGCACCUGGACUGUACCGUGACAGUGAAAUCCAGAGCCCAGGAGGUGUUGAACAGCGUUUUGAAGCAGCUCGGCGUCCCUGAUCUCUUCAUCUUCGGCCUGGCUGUUCUCAGAGAUAAUGAAUAUCUCUUUCUUGAUUUGGGCCUGAAGUUGAGCAAGUACUUUGGCAAAAGAUGGAACAGAAGCUCAAUAACAGUCCCAUUCAUCGUAUUUCUGAGGGUGCAGUAUUAUAUAGAGAAUGGGCAGCUGAUAUUGAGCAGCAAAGUGCAGCAGCUCUACUACACUGAGCUGAGGCAGAAGGUCCUGCGCUCGCAGAGCCGCCAGCAGGAAGCUCUGUUCUUCCAGCUCGCAGCUUCUGCUCUUCAGGCUGAUGUUGGAGAUCAGGGGGGGAGGGAUGGGAGUGAAGAAGAGGAGGAGAGAUGUUACUUCCUUCCUGAAGAUUACUUCCCCUCCUGGCUGAUUAAACGUCGAGGGCGAGAAUACCUGCUCCAGCACUGCCCUGCGCUGCACGGCGACCUGAGAGGUGUGACACGCAGCCAGGCCAUGCUGCAGUUUAUCAAAGAGGCCGGCGGCCUGCAGGACGGACCGGUCACCUUCUACAGGAUGAGACAGAAUAAAAGAGAGCGGAGAAGUUCCAUCCUUCUUGGGGUGGUGGUGACAGGAGUCCAUAUUUACGAGGAGGUGGAAGGGAAACUGUGUCUGUUGUACGAUCUUUCUUGGACCAACAUCGAUCGUUUCACCUUCCAGGUUGUGGCCCUAAAAACACAACAACAAGGCAGACGGUUUGAAGUCGCUGCUGUUGGGUCCCUGUGUCUCCCUGAGCUGGUGUUUUACACUCACUCUGCCUUCCACUCCAAACACGUGCUGAGGCACCUCACCGACAGCCACCGGCGGCACAUCGACACCAGAGACGCAGUCAGCUACAUCCAGCAGCUGGAGGACAUGGAGGCCAGCCGCUUCUACAAUGAGGCCUACAUCUGUGACACAGCAGACCUGAGACAGCGGCUUCAAACCGACAACCUCACGUCCUCCAUGUCUGACUGCAGCGCUGCAGCGGGAACAAGCAAGGCCUGGUCCGAAGAGGAGAGGGAAGAGGAGGCGGAGGAAGAUGAAGAGUAUUUCACAGAAUUUGAGUUGUGCGUUGAUGAACCAGAGGAGGUUUUCGUUGAUGACCCAGCGGAGGUGUCCUGGCUGGCUGAGCUGAUCCACGUUUUGUCUGUCGAUGGAGCCGUAGUGUGCCCUUCCUCUUGGGAAGCCAUCACCAUGGAAGUGAAGUAGGUGAGGAAACUGCUGAUCUCUCUCUGACUGAUUGUUUCAGCCCAUCGUCAAAGUGUGUGAUGCUUUGCAGGUUCUGAGGAGAAGAGAUGACGAAGGAGUUUCUAUGAACUAACGUGAAGCCAGAGGAGAAACUGACUGUAAACUCUUUUUAAAGUGCUAUAAAUAAAGUAUAUUCUUUGUAUUACUAUAUGAACAUAUAUAUGUCUUAUGUAGUAUUUUACAGAGUAAAUUCUACAUUAUACACAUUAUCUAAAUGUUGUGUAUGAUUGUUUUCCAGUUUGUAAAU